CAGUACACACACCAUUCGGUGCUUUGGCGGGUGGCAGCCGUGAUAAGAGCAGGCUCGACAAUGGCGCAAAAUAGUCCGGUAGGGUGGGCGGCAGCUUCACUGCCCGAGUCCUUUACGGCCUUGCUGGUGUUGGCGUGCUCAGCGCGAGGAGGGAGCGGCUUCGUCGCCGGGCCAAUAUCGGAGCCGAUGUCGAAAGGAAGCGCAGCCCGUGGUCCUGCGCAUUCUGCGGUACCCACAUACCCGGCGUGCGGCGGCGCCGCAGGGGGGGUGUACCAUUCCUCUCGGAUGUGCCGGCACGCGCAGAGUUAUUGCAGGGCAGCUCCAAAGUUGAGAGCAGCCACGGCGGUUGUGACGAUGCAAGGGGCUGCUCGGGGGAAUUCCAGGUCUGCGCGGAAGCUUCAGGCGGCGUUGCGAGAAGCGGCGACAACGGGGAAGUGGAGAGAAACCCUCGGCAUCCUCGACGAGAUGAAGGAGGGCGGGGUUGUCUGUGCGCACUCGUACACCACGGCCAUCACGACGUGCGGAAGGCAGGGGCAGUGGGAGAAGGCCUUGGAGCUGCUGCGAGAGAUUCCGGAGCAAGAAGGGGUGUCGCCCAACGUGUUCUGCUACAACUCGGCCAUAGAGGCUUGUGGGAGCGGCGAUCAAUGGGAAACAGCCAUAAGCCUCUUGAGAGAAAUGGUGGACAAAGAAGUAGCCCCCGACGAGAUCAGCUACAAUUCCGCGAUAAAGGCGUGCGGAAGGGGUGGCCAGUGGGAGAGAGCGAUAGGUCUGCUGAGAGAGAUGCCGUCGAUGGGGUUGACGCCCGAUGCCAUCACCUACAACUCGGUCAUCACGGGGUGCGGAAAAGAGGGGCGGUGGAAGGAGGCGUUGAGUCUGCUGAGAGAAAUGCCGGCCAAGGGAUUGACUCCCGAAACGAUCAGCUCCAACAUGGUCAUGAGGGCGUGCGGUAGGAGCGGUCGGUGGAAGGAGGCCGUGGAGGUGCUACGACAGAUGGAGUCACAAGGGGUGACUCCAAACGCCAUCAGCUACAACGCGGCGAUUAAGGCGUGCGGGGGUGGCGGGCAGUGGGAGACGAGUGUGGACCUACUGGAUGAGAUGGCUGGACGUGGGGUAGCCCCGAACACGAUUCACUUUAACUCGGCGAUCGCGGCCUGCGGAAAGGGGGGUCAGUGGGAGAAAGCUGUGGAGCUUCUCAGGGAAGUAACGGCGCGGGGACUGACGCCUGAUGCCACCAGCUACAACGCGGCCAUCGCCGCCUGCACCAAGAGUGGUCGGUGGAAGGAGGCUUUAGAAUUGCUGAAGGAGAUGCCAGCAAAGCGAUUGAAACCGGACGCUAUCAGCUACAACUCAGCCAUUGAGGCGUGCGGUAAGGGUGGUCAGUGGGAGAUGGCAUUGGAACUGCGAAGACAGAUGCCAGCAAAGGGGUUAACCCCGGACGUUAUCAGCAGCAAUAUUGCGAUCAGGGCGUGCGGUGAGAAAGGGCGGUGGCAAGAGGGCUUGGAGUUGCUAAGGCAGAUGCCAGCGCAGGGAUUAACCCCGAAUGUAAUCACUUACAAUUCGGCCAUCAAAGCGUGUGGAAAGGGUGGCCAGUGGGAAAAGGCCCUGGACCUGCUGGCGAAGAUGAAGGAGCUAGCAAUGGCCCCUGACUCGAUAACCUACAACUCGGCUAUCGCUGCAUGCAGCAAGCGUGGUCGGUGGAAGGAGGCUGUGGCAUUGCUGAGAGAAAUGCCAGGACAGGGACUAACCCCGGAUGUCAUCAGCUAUACCGCUGCCAUUGACGCAUACGGCAAGAAUGGGCAGUGGGAGAGGGCUGUGGAGUUGCUACGACAGAUGCCAACCAAGGGAUUGACCCCGAAUGUAAUUACCUACAAUUCGGUUAUCAAAGCUUGCGGAAGGGGCGGUGAAUGGGAGAAGGCCCUCGAUCUACUGAAAGAAUUGAAAGAGACGGCAAUAGCCCCUGACUUGAUAAGCUAUAACUUAGCAAUCUCGGCAUGCGGCAAGCGUGGUCGUUGGGAAGAGGCUCUGGACCUGCUGCGAGAGAUGCCGGCGGAGGGACUAACCCCGGAUGUUAUCAGCUACACGUCAGCCAUCAGGGCAUGCAACGCCGAGGGGGAGUGGGAAAAGGCCCUGGGUCUGCUGAACUUGAUGGACGCACACGGAGUAUCACCAACGGCUACGAGCUAUAGCCUGGCCAUCGAGGCGUGCGGGAAGGGUGGCAGGCGGGAAAAGGCUGUUAGCCUUGUGAGAGAGAUGGCGCAGCGGGGGUUGUCCCACAGGAACAUCAGUAAUAGUUUGAUCGUUGAAGCACUUGGGGAUGAUAGCAAGUGACAGCACUUCUUGUCAGCAGUAGGAGAAACGAUGAGGUGGUUGACUGUUUCAACUGCAACGAAGCGGCUAUCACUGAAAGGUGGCGAAGCCGGCGGAGAAAGUGAUCACUGGGUUGAAGCGGUGAAUCUCGUUCGAGAAAUACCCAGACUAGGGCUUGUACACCGUGAUGAAAUAGAACAAGCUGCAGUUUCUGCGGUUAGAAUAGACGACGUUUACGAGUAGAGGGCUGUUGGUGCUGCGCACACUAAAAAAGUGGCGGAACUGCUGUUUCACUUGGAGGCGCCCGUUAUGUUUCUCCUCUGGUUUUUGUGUAUGUAUAGGAAGUAUGGCUCCGGGAAUUCGUUUUCACCGAUUGUAUUCGUGCAUACGAGGGGAGAUCGUCAGGUCUGCAUUUUUUUU